AACGAAUAUCCCAAACAAAUACCUUUGUCUUCACUAAAAACCCUAGGUUAAUCGAGUUCUUCUUCUUCUUUCCACAAACCCUAAGGAGCAAGUGAUAAAAGAACGACAAUGGCGUUCAUGUCUCCACUUGGUUUGGGAGCACAGAUGAUUGGCCGUAGGCGUCACCGCAAGGUUGUGAAAUUAAACGAGACACCUGCUACUUCCCGGUAUCAAUUGAAACCUCGUGGUCAAAAGAGGUCGCAGGAAUUUGAGGUUGAGACUGAGGAGAAGAAGCUCAGAGGUUCUGGGCUUCAAUCAAAACCUCAUGGUCUAAAAAGUAUGCAUGAAUUUGAGGUUGAGGAUGAGAGUGAGGAGAAGAAGGUUAGAGGUUCUAGGUUUCAGUUAAAACCUCAUGGUCAGAAAAAUAGAGGUAAUUUCAGUAAGUUUAGUAUUUUCAAUUUCAGUGAUAAUCAGGAAGACAUUAUAGCUCGUCAACUUCUUAGCUGGUUACCAGUAAAGUCCCUCAUGAGAUUCAAAUCUGUCUGCAAAUAUUGGUGUUCUUUAAUUCAAGAAGAUACCACAUUCAUUAAUCUACACCUUGAGCGAUCAAAAUCACGGCCAGGUCUCCUUGUCGCAAAUCUAAUUGAAAAUUAUACAAAAUAUCAAAUUAUGACCGGCGAUCUAGUGUUUGGAGGCAAGGAUAGAGGAGCAAUAUCAGCAGCAAAUUUUCACACUAUCAGAGAUAUUGAUUUUGCUCGUUGCGAUUGGAUGUUGAGGCCGGUAUUUGGGUUGACAGCAUUCUUUGGUGAACGAAGAGAUGACCCUGGUGUUUGCAUUUUUAACUUAAGUACCCGGGAAAAAACACCUUGGAUUGUAUCUAACUUGUUAAGAGAUGUGCGUAAAGAAGACCUUCAAGCGUCUAACGCAAUUCCAAGGGCUACAUGUGCAUUAGGAUACAAUCCUACCUCUAAAGAGCAUAAAGUGGUCGGGAUAUGGAGGUCUUCGAAACCUUCUUAUGUAGUCUGUGAGGUGUUGACAGUUGGAGAAAAUAAAUGGAGACGGAUUCACAAGGUACCACCACAAGAUAUAGAAUUAUACGGAUCUUCAGUUUAUGUAAAUGGUUCCAUAUAUUAUACCACUGAGUUUCUUGGAAUAUUUGAAGCUGAUGAAAAGGAGAAAAAGUUCAUAGUGGGAUUUGAUGUUGGAAGUGAGAAGUUUAGAGCAAUUAGGGUCCCUAGCUACGUCUUUGAACAACCUGAAAAUUAUCAUUCUAGUAUAUACAUAUACAAUAUCAUGCUGUUAGAAUUAGAUGGACGCUUGGGUUUAUUUAUUAAAAUUGGAGAGAGUGGUUACACACCUAAAUUAUGGGUAUUGGAUGAAGAUAGAAACAAGAAAAACUCAACAAGUACUUGGACUGAGGUUUCCAUUCAGCUACCCUACACAUUGGGUGGAGCUCGAUGUGGAUUUGCUUGUGAUCCAGUUCUAGGGACAGAUCAAAUGAUCUUAACCUCUUAUGUGAAAGCAUCUGGCGGUAAGAUAUCUGAAUCUACAUGCCAUUCGUAUAAUUGGAAGAAGAAGACGUUCAAUGCAAUUGAUUUCAGUGGGAUCUCCUCAGCUCCUUGUUUCUCCUCUGCAUCAAAGGUUCGGUCUUUCUUUGAGAGCCUCUUUCCUGUCCAAAAGCGCAGCUAUAGAGGUUCGGGAGUUGAUGAGGUGAUUGUUGAAGACUCCUUGAAGAGAUAUGUUGGUGGCGAUUGAUCGUUGGAUCAAUCUGGGCUCUUACUGUUACAUUGUCUCCAUUGGGUUCUCUUGGUAUGUCUUUUUUAUAUGCUCUAAGUUAUUUUGUCCUCUACACAUGCGGUUCGGGAGUUGAUGAACUGAUUAUUGAAGACUCCUAGAAGAGACAAGUUGUUGGUGAUUGAUCGUUGGAUCAGUCUGGGGUUCUCACUAUCACAAUAUGUUCUCUUGGUCUGUCAGCAUUAGGUUCUCUUUUUAUGUUUGUCUUAAGUUAUAUAUAGCAAGUACUCUAGACUAUUUUGUCCUCCACGCAUGCAGUUUUUUGGUUACAUCCUAUGUAUCUUUUAUUAGGGUUCAGUUGCUAAUGAAGUUCUUUGUAUCUGUUUAAACUUUAAAGUUAUAAACUGGUAGUACACUGGUGGUGGUAUUUUAGUCUUGGGGUCUGUUGGGUCUCUAUCUUGUCGAUGUACAGAUUUUGCCUUGGCUACCCUAACUGAUGUUUGUUGCA